ACUUCUCCGCAGAGACUGUAACGUAGCACUGGAUAAACAAGUAAGCAGGCAGAGGACUUCUUAUGGCGUUUCUAACGUGGCAGGGACAACGAUACACUAGCGGUGCACCCACGUCCGGAGUAACUGUCAAAGAUGAGUGCAUGAAGGUAUUUGAAGAAAUGAAACUUGGGCACAAAUGGAAGUAUGUGAUAUUCAAAAUCUCUGAAGACAAAAAGGAGAUAGUGGUAGAACAAACGUCUGCAGAUGAUACGUACGAAACAUUUCAAGAACAGUUGAAGGCAGGAGGACAUUGUCGAUAUGGCGUGUUUGAUGUGCAAAUGAAUGCACCACCCAUAAUCAAGGAAAAACUUGCAUUCUUCCACUGGAAUCCGGACACGUGUAAUAUCAAGGAGAAAAUGUUGUACGCUUCCAGUUUGAAAGAACUGAAAAUGAAACUGAAAGGAAUUCAAACAGACAUCCAAGCCAAAGACGACGAUGAUCUAUCGCUGGCCAAUGUACAUGAGAAGUGUUCAGACAGAUAUGCAUAGCCAUCACGUGAUCAGUUAAUAGACAUGGUCAAAUGACAACGGACAUAUCUCGUAUCAUUGUGAACACUCGACAAACAGCCUUCACCAGUAUUUACAAGAGAAAAGUUUACAUGACGCUUAUCACUAGAUGGUAUCUGUAGGUAAUUUAGGUUAAAACACCAUUGUCUGUACGUCCGAGCUAUUUGUACGUCUCUUGGUUCGUCUGUCCAGGAUUACAGUUUUGUUUUGGAUGUAGAUGUUGAAUAACAGAAGUGUAGGGCAUCUAGAUUACUAGUUUUUAAAAUAUAUGAAAUUAUAAAGAUAAUUAAGGGACAUUUAAUAUAUGUAUGUACGUAUUAUAGUGAUAUUUGUAGCAUUUUACUCUCGAGAAAUUCCGACAGUGUUUUAUAUAUUUAGAGUUUAUACAGAGCUGGUGAUAAAGCAAUAUAUUAAUAUAUAAAGACUAGACCCUAAUACGUUUACUUAUCACAGUUUGUUAUAAAUGUAUAUAUAUAUACAUCUAAAUCCACUUUUCAUUCCAAAGUUAAACACUUAAUACACUUACAAAAUAACCAAUUAUAUACAAUUAAUUGUCAGAAAAACGUGCAUGUAAUGGGACACGUGUAUUGAAUUAUAUAAUAUGUAGAUGAUGGAUUUAUCAUCACAGUUAAUCAGAUGAAAGGUAUUUCAGUGUGGCCACGAAAAGAGAGUGGUAGAGUGAGUACGCACAUUGAUGCACGUGCGCACAACGUAAACUCGGCAGGGGCGUUCUGUAAAGUAUGGAUUGUAGUUUGGCGGACCUUCCGUUGAGAUGGAAUCGGACAAAGACAUGAAACAGUGAUGGGAACAGGCCGUUCAUUUUCAGCAACAUGCUUUUUUCCUGCAGUAAGAAUGUCACAAUAUCGUUUGCACGUGAGCUACGAGAAGGACGGCCAGAUACUUGUACAUUCUCUCAUCAUCAAGCGAAUCUCAUAUUAAAAAUAUAUUCAUGGCUGA